AUGUUCAAACACGCUCAUCACAAGGACUUGUCGUACUUUGAUAUCAGGCUCAAGCUGGGCCACAAGAACACCAUCUUGGUGAAAGGGUCUGAGUACGACGUGGAUCUGAUCCCCGUGACCGGGAGCGUCAAGAUCUCGACAAAACUGGAUUUGCACGUCAAACGAGUCAAGCUCCAGCUCGUGGGCGAGUACCUGGCUGAGUACUACGAGAGAACCAAGUCAGGGCAGGUGUCAGGCCAGGUGGUGGAAAGAGACUGUGUUUUAAAAGUGGUAUGGCCCAAUUUGCUUACUUCAAGCGAGGGUGAGUUGCAGUUUGGCGAUUACGGUGACCACAUGGUGAAGAUGCAUCGCUUGGAUCAUCAUUUGAAAAAGUCCUCCAGAGAGAACUCGGUCACGGGGUUGAAUCAUAUGGACAAGCGACCCUCGGACUCAGGCGUGUCAGAGACAUCUUCAUCUACAUCUUUUAAGAGACCAUCUUACUCUAGAACAAAAUCACAGGGUAUGUUGACUUCCGUUAAGCCCACCUUGUUCACCAUACCUCGAUCUGGCAUCGAUGGAACUCCCUACCCGUUGCAGAAAGGAACCAAGCUGGAUGUGCACUCCUUCUUGCUUCCGCAGGGUAACUACAGUAUGCCAUUUAGCUUUCAUCUUCCUGCCAACAUUUCAGAGUCGGUCGAGUGCUUGCCCAUUGCUAAGCUCAGGUAUAAACUCGAGUGCACGGUAGAGAGAGGUAGACUCGAGAAGGACUUUUUCACGGCAAAACACGUAAGAAUUGUCAGGACAUUGCACCCACAGAGUAUCAAUUUGGUGGAUCUGAUCGAAUUUGGUAACACGUGGCCCGGCAAGCUUGAUUUUAAUGUUUCCCUGCCUAGAAAGGCGCUUGCUCUAGGUACAAAGAUGCCUAUUAAGCUAGUGAUUGUGCCUCUCACAAAAGGUAUCACUUUCAAGUCCAUGUACGCAGAAGUUGUACAGCACAACAGCACCAAGGGCCUUUCUGGAGAGUCUCCUCAGUUCGAGGCCAUCAUCAACAGACAGAAACUCCCAAACGAACAUACACACUUCGACGAGGAUCACUGGGAGGUCAAGUCUCACUACCGACUUCCGUCAUCCCUCAAGGAUAUCACGCAGACAUGCACUUUGAAGAAUGACAUCAUAACAGUUAAGCACAGAGUGAGAGUGCUGAUUCACAUCAGGAAUGCAGACGGCCACAUUUCCGAGCUCAGAGCCAAUUUGCCAGUGCAUGUAUUCAUGAGCCCUAAGCAUGGCACCAUCACCACCGUUCAUUUGGAAAUUGACCCACAUCAUGGCCUCUUUACCACUGCCCCAGACCCCGAGCGUGAGGAUAUCGUUUUUCCUAGAAAAGAAUCCGAGCCCCCUUCAGAGGAUGAGCUGUCCAGUGAGGAGCUGUAUGCCGCUGACAGAGAUGAGGAUAAUGCCCCUCCCUUGUACCAACAGCACAUGUUUGACAUGGUUUACGAUCAGCUGAGCCCACGCUCGCCCAUGGAGCAACUCCGCAUCAACGGCAUCAAGUCAGCGCUCGAGGGAUACUUUGAUAUUCCUGUACUGCAGUCGGGUAUUCUGACACCACCUCUUGAUGUCAACGUGUUGCUGAAAGUGCCUAGUUACGAGAAGGCGUUGGACGAUGACUCAGAAGGAGAAGAGCCAGCGCCAAAUUAUGACGUUGAUUCGGAUUUGCUGAACUCUUUUGGAUCUUUGAACGCCAAACUACACGAGCGCAGUGCCAGCAUGUCAGACAUUCAGCUGAAUAUGACGCCAAGCAAGGGAAAGACGACUUUAGGAUCUCCACCAGUUAAAACACCUUCAUCAAGAACACCUCCAGCAAGAACACCACUUGGUGUUUCACCGAACUCUAAGCACCAUUUCCGCUUGCGUUUUCCCCACAAGCACAAGCCUUCGAAAUAA